AUGGACCUCACCACUGAGCUGCACGGCAUCCUCAAAGUCUUCACCAAGCAUCUGCAGAGCCAGAGCAUGAGCAUGCGGCAGCUGGUGCUCAGGGGCAUCCUGCAGCUCAGCAGAAGGCAGGACACGGCAAGGCCAAUGAUCAUCUUCCUGCCGUGCAUCAUGGAGCAGCUGCAGGAUGCAGACAGCACCAGCCGUGCCAUAGCCCUGCCGAUACUCAGCACUCUGCUGCAGCUCCUGGAUGUGGCCAAGACCAGCUUCAUGGCUCUGGAGCUGACCAGCAAGCUCCCAGCGCUCUUUAAUGAUGAGUCCACCACUGUGCGGCAGCUCUCCAUGGACCUCUUCCUGGAAACGCUGAACUUUGUGGAGGACCGAGAGAGGAGGAAGAUGCAGAAGGAGGUGCACAGGAACCUGGUCCUGCUGUAUCUCCACCUGCACGACGAGGAAGAGAGCGUGGCCAAGGCCUCCCAGAAAGCCCUCCUCGGUGCCGCACGGUUCCUGCGCUGGAGGCGGCUGGAGCACCUGGUGCAGACGGCGCAGUUCUGGCAGAUCGGCGAGUGCCUGGUACGCACGUUCCCACACCCCAGGACAGGGUCGCGACCACCCUGCGCUGACCCUGCGCUCUUCCCUCUCCAGCUGGCCAAGAGGAGGAUGAAGGCAGCAGCGCAGGACUACGUGGGCCAGAGCCUGCUGUACCUACAGAGCCCGCAGGAGCCCCUGCGCCGGGAGGCUGUGCGGUUCAUCGGGCUCUUAGGGCAGCACAUGACGGAUCAGCAGCAGGUCGACAGAGAGCGCAUCUACGAAGGCCUUCAGGGACUGCAGCAAGACUCCAGUCCAUCCGUCUCCUCACUGGCCCUUCAGACACUCAAGAUCCUGCAGGAAAGGAGGCCACAUCCACCACGAGGACACUUGGGGCAGCUCUUCUCCAGGCUCCGCAGCGCGUGGAGGAGGUGGCGCUCCCCCCGGGCAGACAGCUGAGCGCCCUGCAAAGCUCGCGGCAUCUCCUCCUGCCCGCUGCUCAGCUCUGCUCCUCGGCCACAUCCUUCCCCGCUGCUGUGCCGCUCCUCGCCCUGCGCUGCCACCUCCU